CCUUCAGUUCCACAUAUCAUUAAUUGGUUUUUCACUUUUAUUCUCUCUAUAGCCUUAAGCUUAAGCUUCUUCUUCUUAUUAUUCAAAUGGGAAUAAGUGAUGAACAAAAGGUUGGGUUCAUGGGUUCUUGCAAAAGGAAACUUAUUAGUGUUGUGGGGAGGAUCAAGAAGCUUGGAAGAGAUGAUCCAAGAAGAAUCAUUCACUCUUUGAAAGUUGGCUUGGCUCUUACAUUUGUUUCCUUGUUGUAUUAUUGGAGGCCUCUCUAUGAUGGUUUUGGUAUUGCAUCCAUUUGGGCCGUUCUUACUGUUGUCGUUGUUUUCGAAUUUACCGUAGGUGCAACACUAUCAAAAGGUCUAAACAGAGGACUUGGAACACUUCUAGCUGGAGCCUUAGGAGUGGGAGCUCAACAUUUUGCCAGCCUUUUUGGCCAAACUGGAGAACCCAUUGUUCUUGGCAUUUUUGUUUUCUUGUUAGCGGCCGCAUCGACGUUUUCUCGAUUCUUUCCUCGGAUUAAGGCACGAUACGAUUACGGUGUUUUGAUUUUCAUUUUAACCUUUAGUUUAGUAUCCGUCUCGGGGUAUCGAGUCGAGAAAAUCUUGGAGUUAGCACAUCAAAGAUUAUCAACCAUAUUGAUUGGUGGAGCAACAUGCGUGUUUAUUUCUCUGUUUAUAUGUCCAGUUUGGGCUGGUGAAACACUUCAUAACACCAUUGCUUCUAACAUCGAAAAGUUGGCAAACUACCUCGAAGGAUUUGGAGGUGAAUAUUUCCAAUAUGAGGAUAAUGAAGAGAGUAUUAUCGUUGAAGAUCACUCCAAAUUACACAACAAAUUAUCAAGUCUUCAAGCUUAUAAAAGUGUGCUAACUUCACAGUCCUCCGAAGAAUCUUUGGCAAAUUUAGCAUCAUGGGAACCUAAACAUGGGAAAUUCUCAUUUGGACAUCCAUGGAAACAAUAUUUGAAAAUUGGAUCACUCACUCGCCAAUGUGCAUAUCAAAUUGAAUCCCUUAAUGGCUAUGUCAUUCCAGCUGAUAUCCAAGUUGCAAUUCAAUUUCGAAGAAGAAUAGAGGAAUCAUGCAAGGCCAUAAGCACAGAAUCAGGCAAAGCUCUAAGGAUAUUGGCUUCAUCGAUCAAAGCAAUGACAAAUCCAUCUUCUUCAAGCAAAACCCACAUUGAAAAUGCCAAGGCUGCCAUUGAUGACCUUAAGCACACACUAAAGAGUGGAUAUUUGGAGAGCUCAGACCUAUUGGGAAUCAUACCAGACGCAACAGUUUGUUGUAUAUUGAUUGACAUUGUGAAAUCCGUCGAGAAGAUAUCGGAAGCCACCGACGAACUCGGUCGGUCGGCGAGGUUCAAAAGUGUGGAGGCAACAGUUUCUCCAGAGAAGUCAUCGCAGUUACUUCACCGGGGGAUCGUGAACCCGGUAUUCGACAGCGAGUGUGGAGAUGGAGACGAUCAUGUUGUAAUUAGGGUGGAUAAUAACAACAUUAAUAAUAAUAAUGAAGCAGGUGAAAUCGGAAAGUGUCAAGGUAAUUUGGAUGUGAAGCCAACAAGCAAAGGAGAGAUAAUAGUUUGUAAAUAAGCUCUAGGGGAACUAAGGAAAAAAAAGGUUAAGGGGGCUAGGAAUUUUUUAAACUGGCCAAAGUAAUAUUAAAAGAAGAAGAAGAAGAAGGUGUUUAAUUGGGGAGAUUAAUAUUCUUAAUUGGCCAUUAAUUUGCCCAUAUGCAAUGGCUUACCUUUUGUAUUAAGAAAAAACUUAGAUAUAAAAGUUAAGAAAUGAAAAGUUUUUGUUUCUUUAAA